AUGUGCAAAAUUGGCUGCUUGGGAGAUACCAAGCGGAGGCAGCUUCAAAGUGUUCAAGAUAAAAGAAAACUUAGUUCAAAAGCAUUAUUCACCGAAGAACUACUAAAAAUCACCCAAAGAAAUGAGGAAACCUCCGAUGGAGCACAAAAAAAUUUUUUCGCCAUUGCUCAUUUGAACUUGCUUGGAGAGGCAAUGAGGUCGAUAUUAAUAAAAAGAUUAAUAGAAAUAAUGUUGAGGCUGGAUAUGUUGGUAUCUGCGUUAUUGGAAAGAUUCGGAAUAUUUGAUAUACCUGAAAAGUGGGAGGCCGCCAUUACUCCCGAACAAGUUGAGAAGAUCAAAAGUUUCCACAAAGAAUGUCUUCCAAAAUCCGGAGUUAAUCCCGAACUGGUUCAAAAGGCAAGACAAGGUGAUUUCACCAACGACCCAAAGCUGAAAGAACAUAUCUUCUGCGUCUCCAAGUUAAUCGGUUUCCAAAACGAUGCCGGUGAAAUCCAAGUGGAUGUACUUAAAGCCAAAGUGGGUGCUGCCUUAGACGAUACAGCUCUUGCGGCCCAGUUGAUCGACACCUGUGCUAAGAAUCUAGGAGAUGGACCCGAAACGGCCUUUGAAACCGUCAAAUGCUAUCACGAAAAGACGCCAGUUCACCUUAGUAUUAUUUAAAUAUUUGUGAUUUUAUUAUAUAUAAAAAAAAACUUCUUUUUUGAGGGGUGUUUAAAAAUAAAUUGUUGACCAUUACAU